ACCUAUUUUAAUAAGUCUUUGAAUUGUGAUCCUUCGGAAAGGAACUCCUCCUGGCGUACUAGCGAGUCGAAUACGCUUCUCCCGUCCUUUCCGGUGCUCGGCUUUCGCGUUUGACAGGGCGAAAGUCCCAACUCAGCUCCUCAUUUAUAAAGUUUGGGCUAUAUUUUGUUUUGGAUACCCCGCUGUUGAGCUCAUAUUGCAAUGGUUGUGAAGAAAGGCCAAAAGAAGCAGCCGAAGGGGCAGCUGAAAGGGAAAGGUACCAAGAAGAAGAAGGUCCAACUAAAGUUCUACAUUGAUUGCAAAUGCCCCGUUGAGGACAAGAUCAUGAACGCAGCCGAUUUUGAGAAAUACCUGACAGAGCGAAUCAAGGUCGGUGGGAAGACCAAUAAUCUUGGAAAUGUGGUUUCAUUGGAGAGAAACAAGAGCAGAAUCACCCUCACAUCUGAUGUCCACUUCUCAAAGAGGUACUUGAAAUAUCUGACCAAGAAGUACCUGAAGAAGAAUAACCUAAGAGAUUUCCUUCGUGUUGUGGCUAAUGCCAAGGACUCCUAUGAGCUUCGUUACUUCCAGAUCAACAGCGAGGAAGACGAAGAGGAGGAAGAAAACGAGUAGUGACCUCAUGCUCUCUGUUCAUUGCUGAUGCCCAGUUAUUAUUUUCUCAUAAAAUGGGAGAGUUUGGUCAUCAAA